CUGCUGGUCGGGAACUAAACUAGCGUUCAAAAUAUAUCUAUCACGCAGUUUGAACAGAAUUAUCGGAACAGUUUCCUUUUAGCUCCAUAUAGUUUCGACGACACCCUUUCUCUCGGUUCACCAUUUGAGCUAACGCUAGCUGGCACUCCGACACGCCAGAGUGUCACGGCAGGACAAUGACAUGACUUCCCCACCGGCAUGACUGGUCACCCUGGAGGGAGGACCAGCGCAAUGGAGGCACUGGAAAUCGCCAGCAACUUAAACGUUUCCCAUGAGUUGGGGGGAGACAUGGACUCCUCGCCCAGCAUGUCCAUUGACAAACUCCUUCCGGCUCUGCUGGAGUGCUUUGGGAUCAUAUUAUGUGGGUACAUCGCAGGGAGGGCGAACAUCAUCACGCCCACGCAGGCCAAAGGAUUGGGGAGUUUUGUGUCCAAGUUUGCCCUCCCAGCGCUGCUGUUCAAGAACAUGGUGCAGCUGGACUUUGGGAAUGUCAUCUGGCCAUUCCUGUGGAGCGUCCUCGUUGCCAAAGUGGCUGUGUUUGUCCUCGUCUGUGUCCUCACGCUGAUAGUUGCCAGUCCUGAUGGCCGCUAUAGUAAAGCUGGGCUUUUCUCAAUAUUUGCCACCCAAAGCAAUGACUUCGCUUUGGGAUAUCCCAUUGUUGCGGCCCUAUACCAGAGCACAAACCCAGAGUACCUCCAGUACAUCUACCUGGUUGCACCUGUGUCCCUGAUGCUUCUCAAUCCCAUUGGCUUUGCCUUCUGCGAGAUCCAGAAGUGGAAGAAUGGAUCAAAUCGCCAGCAGAGAAAACUCUUGAUUUUGGGAAUUGUCGUCUUACAGGUGCUGAAGAACCCUAUCGUGUUCAUGGUUGUCAUCGGCAUCAUCGCCCAUUUUGCCCUGCACCAGACAAUUCCUCCCUUCAUGGCUGAAUUUGUGGACGGCUUGGCCAACUCUUUCGGGGGAGCAGCUCUGUUCUACUUGGGUCUGUCCAUGGUGGGACAGUUGGGGAAAUUAACCAGAUCCACAGUCGUGACACUGAUACUACUGAUCACAGCAAAACUGUUGCUGAUGCCGCUGAUUUGUAGGGAAAUGGUGGAUCUGUUGAACAACAGCAACACCAGUGCUUUGAACCACUCAAGCCUCUCCAAUUAUGCGUUUCUUUAUGGAUCGUUUCCCACUGCGCCAAGUGUGGCCAUCUAUGCCGUCUAUUAUAACGCAGAGCUAGAAGUUGUAACCUCUGGGAUGGUGAUCAGCACUUUUCUCUCAGCUCCAAUAAUGUAUGUUUCUGCGUGGUUACUUACAAUCCGUUCGAUGGAUCCUCAACUUUUGAUGAAUUCACUGCAGAAUGUCAGCUUUGACAUUAGCAUAGUGACCUUGGUUGCACUGGUGUGGACAAUUACGGUCAUGUUUUUAAGCAAGAAAUUCAAGCGGCUACCACACAUGUUCACAGUCAACCUUUUCUUGGCACAGUUUCUAACUUGUAUCGGGAUGAUCCUGUGGAACUUUGUGGUGAAAGAAGACAACUUUGUCGGGCAAGUCCUGACGUUUGCGUUAUUAUGCACCUCGCUCUACAGUACCUUUGUUUGGCCAGGUUUAAUAGCACUGUCUCUUGUGCACAUAAAAAGGUUUGAGGAUGUGAAAGUUUCACCAGGCGUGUUCGUCAUUGCUGGCUGGGGGAUUCCUGUCGUAGUAACUGCUGCGUUGCUCAUUUUUGGGGUAAAAACGUCAGACACUAUUAACUCUGCGUUCUUUUACGGCAAACCACAGAUAAUCUGCACAACAAUUGUAGCUGCCUUCAGUCUACUACUGGGUGGGAGCUCUCUGGUGUGUCUCAGUCGAGGGAGCUGGCCUCACAGUGACCAAAGCCAAGAGGGAAACUCUGCAGAGGAAUUAGUGACGGAGAUUGAAGCGGACACCCAGACUCUGAUUGAGCCCACCACGCCUUCAGGAGAUCUCAACAGAGCGUGUCUCAUAUGUGAAUGUGCACCACCCCAGCCCAUGCCUGACAUGAUCACCAGCAGAAAUAUGAACGAUGCUCCAACCACACUCACAGGUCAGUGUGAGAAUAUCUGCGAGUCCUCAGACUGCCUGCUUGUCCAAGCGGAGGAGCGUAACCAGGUUGCAGAUGGACAAGUGGGCCGUCAUAUACUCUUAUGUCUGCUCCUGACUGUCAGCUUGCUCGCUAACCUGUCCAGCUGCUUGUGGUUGCUCUUGAAUAACAUUCCUGGACGACUCUACUUGGAGCUGCAGUUCUUUUGUGCUGUGACCAACUAUGGACAGGGUUUUCUCUCCUUUGCUCUGUUUGGGCUGGACAAACAUUUGAUUUUACUGCCAUUUAAGAAGAGGUUAUACAGUCUGUGGUAUAGAGAGAAGCAAGAAGAGCAGCCGCAGACUGAUUUACCUGAGGAAAUCAGGAUGACCUGCACCCAGUUCACCAAAUACCACAAGGACCAGUGUUUUCAUGACAUUGUCAAGAGGAGAAGCAGGUGGGCUUGGCUCAGGACCUGGGUGAGGCGGUGCUCUAUGGGAUGCGACUCCAGCAGGGCGGCGUGCUGCAGCACAUCAUGCAGGAACACGGCUUCCAAGACAAUCGGCUUUUUUACCGCUUCAUGCCAUAAGACACAGGGGUCAAAGUGCACAUUUAUUUUUGUUCCCAAAUGUAAAGGGCAUUUCAAUAGAGCUAAAAUGACAUCAAUACAACUUUAGGAACAACGCCGGCAUUAACAGAAAUACCUGCACCCAGACAGAACAUUGUCAAACCUACGGUGCCAGAGCAUAAUGCAUUGUGUUGAGAUGCAACAGUUAAUCGGGACCGGAGCCGGAGCUGUCAGAUGAUCAUACAUGUUCAGUGAAUCCCCUGUUGAGCCUUUUUAACAUAAUCAUUUAUUUGUAGGUAAAACCUUAAAAGGGGAGUAGCUUGAAUUGCAGUUUUAAUCCCUCGAUAGUUGGAAACUACACAGCUACUAUUUGGAGAUCAAAUAGUCUGCUUUCCUUGUGCUGUUUGACCCAGUUGUAUUGAUGUCACUGAAUCUGUUAAUCUGCAAUAAAGCUGGUGAAUAUAAUGUUAGCAUCGCUGAACAGGACUGAUGGCCAAAACUAACAGCCAUUCUUAAAGUGUGAGCCAAGACUUUGCUGCCUUUUGUAAGCAUUUUAAUUUCAAUAUGAUGUAAUUUUGUGUCAUUUGGGCGAGACUAUGCACAAAUAGAUCUCCUUCUAAAGAAACAUAUUGGUGCAGGGAAAAAUACCACUCGUCUGCUGAAUGUAUUAUUUUCUCGACUGGGAAACAUCAGAGUUAUCACUCUUCAACCAAAGCACUUUCCAACAAAAUAGAUAAAGGGAAGAUGUGGUUGACUCUGCAUCUAUUUUUUCUUUGUUUCUAGUCUGUUUUAUUCAUGAUUGACGUGUAAUAUUGCCAACAGCCAGUGUAUUGUAGCUAUGACAGCCUGCAGUUUGACUUUGCACUGAUGUAGAAUAGUGGUGACACUGGUAACCAGGGCUGUGCCAGUGGUAUCCCAAUACACUGUCAACAACAUGCCAAAGCAAAUGGCCUCUUACAUGUAAAGUUAUCAUUAAUAAUAAAUUAUAUCUGUAUAAAUGAGGGUCAGAACUUGAUGAUGCAUUAUGUUUUCUUGAAAGUUGACAUUGGAAGUUGGGGAAAUAAGAGCUGCUGUAGUUCUGAUUUUUUUCUCAGGUAUAUAGUAAUAAAAGUAGAAAACUAACUGCUUAAUUAUAUAUAUAUAUUUUUGUAAUUCGGUGCAAAGGUUUGUUUAUUAUUACCUCAGUUCAUGUUUAUAAACUGGUUUCAAAUGUUUUUAUUUAAAUAAAAAUACAGUGGCUGCA